AUGUCCGACCACCUUUACCGUAGUUCGCGAGCCACUUUUCUUCCCACCUCCUCUUGCUGUGAAAACACCAUGGGGUGUGGCACGUCCCGCAACACAUUGCCUUCCAAGCUCGAGACUCUGCCCCGCCUAGUGGGGCCACAAGUCGUGACAUCGCGCAUGUCCACGCUCGCUAGCAAGCCCCUCGUGGUCCGUGUCGACUACUCUACCCGCCGCCUGCCGAGCGGGUACGUUCUUUGUCCGGAAUACGCAGAUUUUAACCUGUCAAACGAACGGUCAAGGCCUUUUCAAGCGAGAAAUGGUUUGACCGCCUACACCCGCACCUCUGACACGGCCGCGUUCAAGAGUUGCCACGGUCGCCUCGUCCCCUUCUCCGGAGCCGAAUACCCCGGCGUUGACACCGAGAGCUCGGGCUUGGUCUACUCUAUGACUGUCGGCAACUUGCUUAACGCUGUUCAGGUCAAAUAUGGUGAUCUGGUCAUCAGUCAAAAGUCGGAGUGGUUGCCCCCCGUCUACAACAAGGUUGCCCGCCCGAUCGCCGCGGUCACCGCCAUCAACAACGUUUGUGCCGAUGAGAGCCAUGCUUGGCGCAUGUUGCUCAACGGCAUCGAGUGCGAGCUGGCCGAAGUCGCGCUCAACGAUGUCUUUUCGGGUGACGUCAUCGAGCUCGUCUUUGUCGCUCGCUCCUCGCUUCGGCGCCCGCGCACGUUCGCCUGCCCGCGCCUCCCGCACAUGUCUGACUCAAGCUGCUAUCCCUCAGCAGGCACAUCGUCGCCGGCAGGUUCACGCACCUGCGAGUUUCCAACCAAUCGGUCGAUGAUGUCAGACGACGUUGUGCCAGAUUGUGACACGACCAGCCGUGUGUGCUUUGGCGCCGACGCUACCGUUCGCGCCGUCCCGCGCGCCCCAACCACCAUUUCGCCGACCGACACUCCGAGCCCGUAUCUCGACAUCGCAUCUUUGUUCGACGAGGCGAAUAUGCUGGUCAACCAGGCUCAUUUCGCUUUGUGCGACUCGGAGCUGGCCUCAACGCCGUCGCCCACCCCGGCCUUGAGCGGGCCGUACUCGUCGAUGUGA